AUGCUUCUUGUUGUUUGCUUCUUGCCCCUCUCCUCCUCCUUUCUGGUUCUGCUGCUGCUGCCAUCGUUGUUGUUGUUGCUGUUGCUCUUGCAUUACGUACUCUUCCUCGGCUUUUUUGUCAUUUCUCUUCUUUGCGUGUGUGCAGUGGCAAGAGAAGGCGGUGCUGCCGAGUCCAUUGCGGCGAUGCGCAGUGGUGCGAGUGCCGUGGCCGCGGUCGGUUUGCACGUGGCGGCAACCGCCGUGACUGCACGGAGGGGUUGUGCCGCGUUACCGGCGCGCCGCGCGGCGGACGCCUCCGACGGCAAACUCCCCCAGGGGAAGACUGCCAAAGCAAAGGAGCCGGCACCGGCGUCGCCUGCGUCCCACGCGGUCUCGCCCGCGGGGGAGGAUGCGUUUAUCAACCCAUUCACGGGCCGCCUAACCCCAGCAAGCAGCCGUGUGGCGAAGGAGCUGCUGCGUGUGGGGUUUUUGCGGAGUGUGGUGAACCCAUUCCGCCUCACAUGGGAUGCGGCGAAGUGGCGUACGGCGAGCGCCGCCGCGCUGAGGCCUUUUCAGACCUCAGUGGUUUCGUGGCGGAAGAACUUGGCGGCGCUGCUGACCCGGCCGGACGCCGCUGACGCCGUGGCGGAGGAGAUGCAGCGGUUGUACAGUGAGCUCACAAGCGCGUACCUGCCACCCAAGCUGGACACCAUGCACGACCCGCAGCUCUCCUCAAUGAUCAUGACGCCCGACCAGGAAAAUGCCAUCCGCUGCGCCCUGCGCGGGUACAAUAUGUUUGUUGGCGGGGGCGCUGGGACCGGCAAGACUGUACUGCUCAAGGCGAUGCACCGCCGCCUGACGCAACUGGGGCUGCGUGUGGCAAUGACAGCCAGCACCGGCGUUGCCGCGGUGCAGAUUGGCGGGUGCACGUUUCACCUGGCCUUUGGGGUGCCCGUCGGUGCGGGGGAGCAGCAAAAAAAGCGGUGGGACGCCAACGCGCUCCGUGCGGUGGACGUGGUAAUCGUCGACGAGGUCUCCUUGCUGGACGCGGAGCUCUUCGACGCCUUUGAGUUGGAGGCGCGAAUGGCGCGGCUUCAGGCACUUCCCUUUGGCGGUCUGCAGGUGAUCGCCUGCGGAGACUUUUUACAGCUCGCGGCCGCGGACAGCACGUUUAGUGGCCCAUGCUACCAGAGUGAUGCCUUCCGCCACCUCAUCGCGGUGCGGCUGGUGACGCAGAUGCGCCAGGCGCAGAGUGAUCCCCUGUACAAGAUGCUGGCGCAGCUGCGUGUGGGGAAGUUCGACCGCAAUUCCUUCGCGCUGCUUGACCGCGGCAUACCCGAGGACAAGGACAACGUCACGUACAUCUUCCCUCGGCGUCGUGACGCACAGGUAUUAAACGAUGCGAAGUUGGGUGAACUCCGGAGCGAGGAGAUGGCGUUUGCGCCGCAGCGGGGGCCGCUGCAGCUCGUCGGAAGCUUCACCCCCGCCGGCCUCAUUGAGUUUGCCAAGAAGCAGACGCCCAUGACCCGGGAAGAGGUGGUGCAGGCGCUGACGGAGGAGGUUAGGCGAGCCGCCGCGGUGGAUGUCGUGGACCACAACGUCGUGGUCAUGCCGGUCCGAACAGAAAAAAACGGCGUGCUCGUUCGUCUCCGCAACCCGGAGGACAUCGGCGCGGGGAGGCCCAACACCGCCGCCGCCGCCGCCGCCGCCGCCGCCGCCGCCGCUAGCAGCAGCAGCGGCAGCAGCAUCCCAGAGGACCGCUGGAAGGCAAUCUUGGAGGCCACCGCGGCGCGCCUCAAGGCAACACUUCGGCGGGUGUACGCGGAGGAUCCGCAGGGGUUUGUCCCGACCAGCGUCUCCAUGAUGCUUGCCGACGUUUCAAGUCACCCAAGCGCCGAGUACCUCAUGCCGUUGCGGCUCAAGUUGGGCUGCCGUGUGAUGAUCAACCGGAAUCUCUCACGGACGGUUUCGAAUGGUAGCGUCGGCGUGGUUGAGGCCUUUGCUGCUCCCAACCCGGACUUGUUUCCCCGGCGUCAUGAGGCUUCGUUGCGGACAAUGUAUGGGCGGCUGCUUGAGAAGAACUUGUUUCCAAAGCUCCCCAUUGUUCGCUUUCUGGACGGCGAGGUCGUGCAGGUGCCCCCGCUUUCUCUCAUGGUGGGCGGCACACCCUCAACCUUCUUCUACGGUCAUGAACUGUACCUGUUGCCGCUGCAGCUGGGCUACGGGUUUACAGUCCACAAGGUUCAGGGGCUUACCCUGCAAGGGACUGUUGUGCUGGACUGCAAAAACUUCUUUGAGUGUCCACAUCUCAUUUACGUGGCGUGCUCCCGUGUGCGGUCGCUUGAUCAGCUCAUUGUGAAGAACAUAAAGGCGGACAUGGUCAUUGUGAAGCGGAGUGCGCUGGAGUUUUCGGAGCAGUUAAGAGACGCUUCCGACUUCACAAAUUUGGUGCCACCGGAGGGCUGCACUCGGGCGUCUUGGGUGGAUCGCCUGUCUCCACGUCUCAUGGGGUUGGGUGAGUGA